CACAAAUUCGUCUUGGCGGCGGGGUCAGAGGUGUUUAGGGGAAUGUUCGAGAAAGAUGAGUUCAAGAGGUCGGUCGAUUCCGUGAUCACCAUCGAUCUGCUGGAUCAAGAAGGGUUGGAGGCUUUUCUUGAGUUCAUGUACAGAGGCACUUUGCCUCACGAGAAACUCAGGACGCACAUUCGAAAACUUUACGGUGUAGCGAUUGCAUACGAAUUUCCACAUCUGCACGAUUUUUGCGGAAACUUCCUGACAUCAUCCCUCGCAUCGUAUAAUGCCCUCGCCAUUGCUGAGUUAGCUAGCAUCUGCAAAGACAAAGUUCUCAAGGAUGCUGCGUUCCGGUUUGUCAUCGAGAAUGCAGAUGUGAUCCCGUCUCAUUUGUUCAAGGAAUUCUUCGAGAGAAACUCGGGCCUUGCCGUGGAUUUGAUUAAGGAGUUUCGUGAAGAAAUUAAAGUGUUUAGCUUUUGCAAUUCAAUGUUUGAGAAGUUCUUUAAUAGUUUUAAGUGA